CUUUUAAAUAAUAUUACAUUUUAGUGAAGUAUAUAUGCAAACAAUACAGUUUAUAAAAAUGUUGAAAAUGCAUGUUAUAAUCGAUUAAAUUCUUUUCAUAUGUGACAAAAUGGCACUCUUUGCAACAGAUAUAUGGUCUGUAGGCCCAGAAGAAAAGGUGAAGCAAGAAAAAGUCUUUCAAGCUUUAAAUCCUGUGAAUGGUAAAAUAUCAGGUGAGCAAGCAAAAAAGUAUUUUAUGAAAUCAAACCUUCCUACACCAAUUUUAGGUCAGAUAUGGACUUUAUCAGACCUUGAUAAAGAUGGUAGAAUGACUUUGCAAGAAUUUACCAUAGCAAUACAUUUGCUGGAAAAUAAAAUGAAAGGGAUAGAGCUGCCCAGAAUACUUCCUUCAAGUUUAAAAACUUCAACUCACGCCUCUCAUCAUGGAUUUCCAUCACAACAGCCUAUACAACCUAUGUCUGUGGGAAUGCCCUUAUCAAUGAAUGGUGCACCUGGUGGCAUGUUGCAGCCAAUCCAAGGUCAAGCCGUGGCGGGAACAACAAGUAUGCAGGGCGGUAUGCCAAUGGGCUUACAGCAGCCAAUGGCAGUGAGUUCUAUGGGUGUGCAGCAACCAGUUGGAAUACAACAACCAUUACUUAUGCAACCGUUGGGUAUGCAGCAGCCAAUGGGAAUGCAGCAGCCAAUGGGAAUGCAGCAGUCCAUGGGAAUGAACUAUUCUAGUGGUUUUAUGUCCACACCAGGACAAAUUCACAGGGUUGGAUCUGUCCCAGGUAACACAGGAAAUUUUGGGCCCAACCAAAAUACAGGUCAAAGUUCUUUCACUAUGCCAAGGUCCAGUCAAAAUCUUUCCACUCCAUCAGUAUUUUCAAGUAAUUUUUCUGGUGCUGUCAACAAACCAACAUCUUUGGACACACUCACAAUGGAUAAUCUAUCUGGCUUUAAACAUGUUGGUGCAAGUGUUGGUCCACAGACUGGUGCAAAUCAAGCAGGCCCAGCAUCGUCACUUGGAGGCAUCUCUGCUCCUAAUCGUUUGCGUUACACACAAAUGUUUAAAGCAGCUGACCAUGAAAAGACAGGAUAUUUAGCUGGUGAACAUGCUAGACAACUUCUUAUUCAGUCCAAUGUGAACCCCCAGUUGCUUGCACAAAUAUGGGAUCUUUCUGAUGUCAACAAAGAUGGGAAAUUAGAAUUAGAUGAAUUUAUAAUUGCUAUGCAUCUAAUAGAUUCCACCAAGAUAGGAAUAGCAUUGCCAUCAACAUUACCUGCUGAGGUAAUUCCACCAAAUCUCCACAGCUCAGCUUUGGUUCGUAGUGAUAGUACAGGUUCAAGAGGUCGAAGUGAUAGUGUUAGUGAGGGAGCUCAAGCGGCAGGAACAUUUGAAGAUAAGAGAAAAAUGAAUUGGGACAAGGGGCAAAUGGAGCUUGAAAGGCGUCGCAGGGAACUUCAGGAAAGACAACAAAGGGAAAAAGAAGAACGGGAACGUAAAGAAUGGGAAGAAGAAGAACGAAAAAGAAAAAUAAGGGAGGAGGCUGAAAGGCAGAGAUUGCACAAACUAGAAAACGAGAGACGCCAACGAGAAGAAAUGGAAAAGGAGCAAGAACUGCUAAGAAAGAAAAUGAUUGAACAACGACUUGCUGCACAACUAGAAGCUGAACGAAAGCGCCAGGAAGAAUGGGAAAAGCGUCGUAAAGAAGAACUAUUAAAUCAAAAAGAUCACGAAGAAAAUAUUGUAAGAGAGUUGAAGAGCAGAUUAGGUAGACUAAAAGAUGAGCUGGCUUCUGAGACAUCAAAUCGUGACUCGUUAUCAGCUAGUUAUGAGCAAAAGAAGAGAGAAGGUUUAGAACUUCACGCUGCCAUUGAAAAAUUGAACACAACUCGUGAUAACCGAGUGAAAGACAUCACUAGAUUGCAGACAGAAUUACAAGAAUCAAGAAUUAAGUUAUCUUAUUUGAUUGAGGCUAGGGAAAAGUUUACUUUGGAAUUGAACCAAAGAGAUAAUACAACCACAAGUGAAGCUUUAGGAGCUAUCAGGUCCAGUAUUGAACAAAUGAAAAUGGGUAUGACCCGGCUACGGAAGAAUUUAAUUUCAAUUGAAGCCGAGACAGCCACUGUUUUAAAGGAAGCUAACACCAUUAAAGAACAGCAUCAGGAAUUAAAGAUUAAGUUGGAAGAUAGACUAAAUCAAAACUUGCAAUUGAAGUCUCAGUGUGAACAAAAGAAGCGUGAGGAAUAUGAAAGACGAAGGACUAUAGAGAGAAAUGAACAACAACUAGCUGCUCAAAAAAGAAAGCAGGAGGAGAUAAGAAAAAAACUGGAAGCUGACUUGACUCUGCAAAGGCAACGAGAAGAAGAUGCUAUGCGAAAAGAAAAGCAAAUACAAGAAGCAACACAAAAGCAACGUCAGGAAGCUAGAAAUGCUGAAAUGGCUCAAAAAUUCACUGCAGCAAAGCUACAGGCUGAAGAAGCACUAAAGAAACAGCAAAGUUUAGUAAAAGCACAGAAUGAAGCUGACCUACAAAUAAACACAUCUUCAAAAAUACCUCCACCGCGUCCACGGAGUAGACCGCAAGGUUCACCUGUUAAACAACCAUUAAAUAUGUUUAAUGUUGAUUUUUCGAAAAUUGAAAAAGACAACAAAAAAGAAGAAAAUAAUUCUUUUGCUGCUUUUUCUAAUCAAUCAUCAGGCAAUACUGAUAACAUUUUUAAAGCUGAUUUUUCUGCAUUUGAGGAGCAAGCAGUGGCAAAGCCCACAGAGGGUUUAUUUGAUGUCAAUUUCUCUGCAGAAAUGACAGAAGCUCCACAACAUUCCACACCACCAAUAGUUUCAAAAGAAACUCCCAAAAUUGAAUCACCAGUGGACAGUAAAAAAAAGCAGAAGGAGGAAGAAAAAAGACGCAAAGAAGAAGAGAAGAAAAGGAAAAAAGAGGAAGAAGUUAGAAAAAAAGAAGAAGCUGCAAGAAAAAAGGAGGAGGAAUCACAGAGAAAGGCUGCAGAAGCUGAGCAAAAAAGACUUGAAAAAGAAAAAGAGGAAAUUGAAAGAUUGAAAAAAGAACAAGCAGAACAAGAUCGGAAGCUAGCUGAAAGGUUGCAAAAGGAAGAAGAGGAAAAAAUCAAAAAAGAGCAAGAAGAACUAAGUAGACUGCAAGCUGAAAAAGAGAAAGAAGAAGAGAAAAAACGUAAAGAAGCAGAAGUUAAAAGAAAAGUGGAAGAGAUGCAGCGAAAAAGGUUGGAGAAAAAGCAAGCAGGUAUUGCUAAAGCUGCCCCUGAAAGACCAAAAGCUGCCCCUGAAAGACCAAAAGCUGCCCCUGAAAGACCAAAAGCUGCCCCUGAAGGCCUUCAAGCUUCAAAUAUGGAACAAUUUGUUAAAAAGCCUAUGUAUAAAAUGAUGUUUGCAUUUGAAGCAAGGAAUCCAGAUGAAUUAACACUAGCUGAAGGUGAUAUUGUUCAGGUGGACGAAAAUAAUCAGAGUCCUGCACCAGGAUGGUUAUAUGGUACAUGUAAAGGAGUCAGUGGCUUGUUUCCAGCCAAUUACGCUUCGAAACUACAAAAUGAUACAUUUAGUGAUUAUGUUGACUUAGACCCUAGAGCUAACGUCAAUGCUUUACAAAAUUAUGAAGUUCCAAAACCACUACAACCAAAGCCCAGACCAACAACUGAAAUAGAGACAAAAGCUGAACCACUGCCGAAAUUGAGAUCGGUUAAAAAACCUGAAAGUAAAGAAAAGACAGCUCCUACUCGGCCGAAGUCAGCACUACUCCCUAGUGUUGGGCCACUAAAACCGUUACAACCAGUUGAGAAACCAUCUGUUGUGAAACAACAAAGAACAACUGUAAAAUCCACAGAAGUUGCUAGCAGUAUUCCUAGCUAUGAUUUAGUUGCUGGCCCUCCUCAACCAUACAAUGUUGAAGACUUAUAUGCCCAACCCAUAAAAUCAAAAUCGUUAGAUAAUGUUGCAAGUAUUGCAGAGCCAUCUCCCUUCCCUGAUGACAUGUAUCAAGUCCCUGGAGAGAUUAUGCUGGCUAACCCAGGAGGUCAGGAAGAGUGUAUGCAAGCCUUAGCACUAUAUCCAUAUCGUGGCACAAAAGAGGAUCAUUUAACAUUUGAUAAAAAUGACCAUAUCAAUGUGCGAGAACAACAAGAUCAAUGGUGGUUUGGUGAAUCAAAUGGAAAGAGUGGGUGGUUUCCGAAAUCUUAUGUAAAACCAGUUGGCAGUGGAGUUCCACAGAAUACUAUUCAUAUUGAAGCUAUAUAUGACAUUGCAGGAGAUCCAGUAGAAAAGAAACUUAGAGAAUGUGUGGCAAUGUUUGAUUACUCUGGCCAGGAAGGUGACCUUUCAUUUAACGAAGGAGAUGUGAUCGCUAUCAUCAAUAAUGAAGGUGAUUGGUGGGAAGGAAGGUGUAAUGGUAAUGUUGGGAUAUUUCCAGCAAAUUAUGUGCAAAUGAAAGAAUCUACUAAUAAAGAAACUACACCUGAGAUUAUUGUGAACAAGAAGCCGGAAGUUGCAUCUGUCACAUCUAAAUACACUGCAGCUGGUGAGGGAGAAAUUUCUAUCAAAGUUGGUCAAUUAGUUCAUGUGUUGGAAAAAAAUUCAAAUGGAUGGUGGAAAGGAGAGUUGCAAGUGCGUGGUAAGAACAAACCCAAUGGGUGGUUUCCAGAAAGUCAUGUUAAAUUAAUGUCAAAAUCGAAAAAUGAACAACCAGCUCCAACUCAAGCUCCUUCUGCUGAACAUCAUGGUGGUGAAGAUAUAUACUCUGUGCCUAUGAAACGAAAAGAUCAACAAGAACAAGUGCUAGCCAUGUUUUCAUACACAGCACAGAAUGAUGACGAGCUGACAUUUUACAAAGGUAGUGUUAUCAAUGUCAUCAGUAAAGAUGCUGAUUGGUGGAAAGGAGAACUGAAUGGACAAAUAGGCGUGUUUCCAUUCAACUAUGUACAAGCCUUACGCAGUGACAUGCAAGAGACGACAAGCCAAUGGUCUGGUGCUUUUGAUUCAAAGUUAUUAAAAUCCAUGUCAAAAACUGAACGACAAAGACAGAAUCAUAUCUACGAGUUAAUCAACACUGAACAAGAUUAUAUGAACGAUCUCAGUUUGACACUAGAGGUGUUCUACAACCCAAUGGCAGAUGCUCAUAUUCUUACAGAUCAAGAACUUCACACUGUGUUCAUCAAUUGGAAAGAAUUAAUCAUGUGCAACAUGAAGUUUCUAAAAGCUAUGCUUGUGCGAAAGAAAAUGUCUCAAACAGACAAGAUUGAAGGGAUUGGGGACAUCUUAGUUGAGCAGUUGCCACAUUUUAGUCCAUAUAUUCGCUUCUGCAGUUGCAUGUUGAAUGCAUGUCGACUUUUGCAAGACAAAGUUGAGAAAGAUGCAGAAUUCAAACAGUUUGAAAAGAGAUGUGCAGGAGAUUCGCGUUUGAAACAAAAUUUAUCGCUCAGUAGCUACCUGUUGAAACCUUUGCAAAGAAUCACAAAGUAUCCUCUAGUAAUUACAAACAUUCUCAAGUAUACACCUGAAGAUUAUUUUGAUCGAGAAAACCUUUUGUUGGCAUUGGAAAAAUCUGAAGACUUAUGUUCACAAGUUAACGAGGGAGUCAGAUCACAAGAAAGUUCAAAUCGUUUAGAAUGGUUACAAGAGAGAGUUAAUCUUGAAGGACUGGAGGAGAAACUAGUCUUUAAUUCACAGACGAAUUGCUUAGGUCAGCGUAAAUAUUUAUACCAUGGUACACUUCACAAGCACAAAAGUAAUAAAGAAUUGAAAGCAUUUUUAUUCAACGAUUUUUUGCUCUUAUGUCGAGAACACAGCGGUGGUCAUCUGCAUUCGAAAGCCAUUUUUCAUCCUGACAGUGACAUGAAGCUUACGAUAUAUAAAAAGCCAAUAUUUCUAAACGAGGUGAUAGUUAAGAAUCCUUCAGAUCCCGAAGUGAACGACACAUUAUUUCAUUUAUCACACAUUGAUAGAGUAUAUUUCUUUCGAGCUGAUACCAAAACUGAGAGAAACACGUGGGUAUCCAUGAUACAAAAAGCAUCCCAACUCUUCAUUGAAACUGAGCGAGACAAACGUAAUCGGGCAACUCGAGCACGGUCUCUUGGUGAAGCUGAAGUAGGGCGGUUAGUGGUUACAAUCAUAGAAGGCGCAGAUCUUCAAGCAUCCGAUCCACGUGGCACUAGUGAUCCGUAUUGCGAAGUCAGCAUGGGUUCUCAAGAGCACAGAACGAAAGUUAUUCCCAAAGAUUUGAAUCCAAAGUGGAAUUCCACCAUGGUAUUUAACGUGAAAGAUUUGGAUAAAGAUGUUCUGUGUAUUUCUGUUUUUGACCGAGAUUUCUUUUCUCCAAAUGAUUUCCUUGGUCGCACUGAAGUUAGCAUAUCUUCAUUACUUACUGAAGGUAAAGGCGCAAUAACUAAGCGUUUAUUAUUGCACGAAGUGGCCACGGGUGAAAUUGUUGUUAUGUUAGAACUUCAAAAUGUUAAACUGCUGUAGUAACUCGUGUAUAUUUAGAAUUAAAUAAAGCUUCCAUUACACUUGGAUUUAAGUCUGCAUCUACAACUCGUGUAUAUUUAGAAUUAAAUAAAGCUUUCUUUACACUCGGAUUUAAGUCCGCAUCUACAACUCGUGUAUUUAAAUAAAGCUUUCUUUACACUCGGAUUUAAGUCUGCAUCUAAUCUUGAUUUUUUUCCAGAAAAGUUAGUUUAUAGUAUAUAUUAAAAAAUAUUUUUAUUAAUUUUUAAUUUCUUUUCUGAUUUUCGAAAUAAUAAUUUUCGUGUUUUGAAAGAUAUAUCAGUAUAGUAUGACUUAGCGAGGUAUACUAGUUAUUAGAGUAUACAGAUUUUUUGUACGGAAAUAUUUAGAUAUCACCUGAGCUAACAAUCCACUUGAUUUAGCUUUUAAAUUUCACACAACACUUUUUCCAUUAUUCAAACACAAUGAAUUGAAAAAAAGGGAAUGUCAAUUUUCCUUUUGUGAGAGGUUUUUGUGAUGAUAAAAAGACACAUUUAUUGUGUUGAUGUCAGCUUUACUUAAAAAACAUAUCAAGCUCAUAGAGAAAAUGUCUCUUUAAAACUUAAGUCAUCAGUUAAACAUUUGCUGAAUUCUGCUAUUAUAUAUAAUUAGGCGUUAACCCCUGGAAAAAACCCACGUAAAUUCGACCGCCGCUACUUGUAGCUGCCAUAUUUGACUCACAGUCGGAAGGUCGGGUAUUUUUAUAGAGAUUUCCAAAAUAAUAAUGAUUACAACAAUUUAUUUAUUAUUUUUUUUUUUGCCUUAACACCUUUUUCCACUUUAGCUUCAUAGUAACUUCAUAUAUACUAAUUCUGGUCGACUUCCAAAUUUGCGAUACUAAGCAAUACGAUUUCAAUGUUAUUUUUAAUAUAAAUCAGUAACCAUUGUUUUAAUAAUCUGUAGUAUUUUUCAUGUUGCACAAACAAGUCUUAGUGGUUAGCUACAUUUCAGGACUCAACAGCAACAGUAUUUCUGGUUCAACUUUUUUAUGAUUCUCAACUUAUUUCAUGUAGAAUUAUGUCAGACUUAUUUUUUCUGUACUCUACGGCGCGCCGAAAGGAACUUCAUUACUACCGUCUUCAUUAUCAUCCCAUCUUGCUAUUAUAAUUACUAUCGCCAACGUCGCUGUAAUUCUAUUUUCCGAUUAUAAAACUUUUUUGCGCGCCAUAGUACUGUUAUGAUGCGCGAUAGUUCUGUUAAGUCAUAUUUUUACUGGAAACUUAUAAAAGGUAUGGUGUUGUAGCAAUUUUUCUGAUUAAUUUUCAAACUGUAUAUUAUAUGACUUAAAAUACUUUAUUUUGAAUCUGAUUUCUAUUAUUUAUAAUUAUUACUUUUCCUUAAAUUUAGCGGUAUGUACAUUUUAUGAGAAAAAGGCAUAUAUCACUGAAAAGAGAAAGCACGACUCCUUUCUUUAUUUCCA